AUGAAUAAAGGAGAGUCCCAGCCUGUUUUUACCAAACGGCCUCCAUCUACAUCCUAUGUAGUGGAAGGUAGUGGUUUAUUCCUGCAAUGGAACUACAAUCUUGGUGGAGCGUUUCGUUCAGCUGAGUUCGAUCUGUCAGCGAUACCUGAGGCAACAGAUAUUGCAGAUCGUUUCAAAUCAGAGGCCACCUUCAUACACACAGAUUACCAAGGCAGGGUAGAAGCAAACAUUACAGCCACACAAGCAAAUGUUACUUUCCUCUCGCUGACCAGAGCAGACACUGGGAAUUAUAUUUUGAAAGUAGAACGCGAAGAUCGAAAGAAGAAUUCUAGCACGAUAAAAAUAACAGUGCAAUACUGUAGGAAUAAUUGUCACAUUAAACCAGAGAUUGUCAAGCCAUUGGUGAAUGAUUCAACUGUCUGUGAAGAUGAUGUUAUCAAUGUCACCUGUUCAGCGGACAGUAGACCUGCCGUGCAUACUUAUCAACUGUUUGAGAAUAGAAUACUAGUUAUUGAUGGAAACAGCUCAGCUGGGGUAUGGAUAUUAAGGAGCGAUUUAAAAGAAGGAAGCUUUAGCUACAGAUGUGUGGCUAAUAACACUAUUGGUACAACUGAGGAGACUGUCAAUAUCACAGUAAAAGAUUUUGUCACGGAUCCUGGUCCAGUUCCAUCAGAACCAACAAAGGUGAAUAAGGAUGUUAUUUACGGCUCAGUUAUUGGGGUCCUUGCCCUGAUUCUCGCUGUCUUUACCAUUUUCAUUGCCUGGAAACACCGCAAACGUGAAAAGGAUGAUCGACUUAAUAGAGGUGCUAGGAAGUCACGCACUCUUAAAAUUAACGAGGGAUUUGAACUGGAAAGCAGCAAUGGAAACCUUAACACCAUCGCGCAUCAUGGCCCAGGACAUUACAUGGACCUGAAUGAAGUUAGAUCACUGAAUGGACCUGCCACAGACCCAACGCGAAGUUACUUAGAAAUAAACGAAUAUGCUCCACUACAUCCAAGGACGCGCUUGUGGGAAGUCGAAAGAGAAAACAUUACAAUUGAAAAGGUGAUCGGAAAAGGUGCCUUCGGUCAAGUCGCUCAAGGAAAAGCUUCAAACCUUCGAGGAAGAGAGGAGACAAUAACAGUUGCCAUAAAAAUGCUGAAAGGUAACGCCAGAGAUUUAGAGAGAAAAGAUUUGCUGUCAGAGCUUGAAAUCAUGAAGAAACUCAAGCCCCAUCCUCACGUCAUCAAAUUGCUGGGAUGCGUCACCAAAUCAGAUCCUUUGCUUGUUCUAAUUGAAUAUGUCCCAUAUGGAGAUCUCCGGGGCUAUUUGAGAAAGAGCCGGCAUUUAGAAGAUAACUACUUCAAGGACCCGGAUAUAAAACCACAAACGAGUUUGACUUCCCAGCAGCUGAUGAAAUUUUCCUGGCAAGUAGCUGAUGGUAUGCAUUAUUUGUCCUCGAAAAACAUUAUUCACCGCGACCUUGCAGCCCGAAACGUCCUGGUUGGAGAGCGAGAACGAUGUAAGGUAACCGAUUUUGGAAUGGCUAGAGACGUGUGCCAGGAAAACAUUUACGAAAGGAAGUCAAAGGGAAGACUGCCAGUGAAAUGGACAGCUAGCGAAGCGCUGCUAUACGGACGAUAUACGACGAAAAGUGAUGUAUGGAGUUUUGGUAUUGUGCUUUACGAAAUCUUCACGAUAGGUGGCUCUCCCUAUCCAAAGAUAGACGGAAGAAAAAUUGCACAUUUACUUUCCCAGGGCUACAGGAUGCCUAAGCCACGGCAUGUGGACGAUACCCUUUACAAGAUAAUGCAAGACUGCUGGCAAGAGAAUCCUGAUGAUCGCCCAGUGUUUGAGAGUCUCAGGGAUGAUUUGAAGGAAAUGGAAAAUCAACAUCAGAGGCUCAUCAACAUGCAACUUUACGACAACGUCCUUUACGCAAGUGCGGAGUGAAUUCUUGUUCAAGAAUUAUGGAAACAAUUCUUAUCAUCAUAGGCAGCAACAGUUUCUCCUACAUACUGUUUGAGAAUCUAUGUAUUAAAAGUAGAUCUUUUUUCCAAGAUAGAUCAAGCGAUUUUAACACACAGCUAAAAACUAAGAGAAGUACAAUGCCCAUAAAGCGUGGUAGAAGUCGAAAUAAAGUAAGCAAGCGGUUGAUUCUAACUUGUAGUUAAAUUGGUAUUUGGUAUGGAAGUCAAAGCUAACAAUAACUUACUGUAUCGAUAAAUAGUUAAUGGUUAUUAUAACAUUUAAUAAGGAUGGCUGCGUAUCAGUCUGCUUUAUAGAAUACUCAAAAUUUACUUGCUACUGUAGCUAAGGGUUGAAUAUUGAUUGCUGAUAAACUUUAGAAACUUUACCCGAGGAAGGUCAGGACGUGCUGGAGAAAUUAUUUCAUUGUUACAUUUAACAUGACCUUAGUAUGGAUUGAGCAUGCACGCUAUAUGACCUGAAGAGUUAAAACGCGGCCUCGAAUAAAAACUGGAACCACA